CCUCGACCAUGUCACUCCGAUCGCAUCCCAUACAGCAUCCAAAUUUCCAUGUCUCGUUUCCUCACGAGCGUGUGGUCCAGGUGACCUUAGAUCGCCCUAAAAAGCUCAAUUCUCUUGAUCUGGGUACAAGUCGGGAGAUCCAAAAAGUCUGGGAGCUGUUCGACCAGGAUGAGAGCUUGUGGGUGGGUAUUAUUACUGGUACAGGGAGAGCCUUUUGCACUGGCGCGGAUUUACAAGAGUGGAAUGCAAUGAACGAAGCUGGAGUUGUCAACGACAUGUCCCCGCCCGGACUAGCAGGCCUGCCCCGACGAAGCGGCAAGAAACCCAUCAUCGCAGCGGUCAAUGGUAUUUGCAUGGGCGGCGGGUUUGAAAUGGUAGCAAAUUGCGACAUUGUAAUCGCCUCGGUGUCUGCCAUCUUUGCGCUGCCGGAAGUCAAGCGAGGAAUUGUGCCUGUGGCCGGCUGCCUGCCACGCCUGACCCGGACAUUGGGGUUGCAGCGCACGAUGGACCUUGCCUUGACUGGCCGCAGCGUGGACGCAAGGACUCUCUACGAUUGGGGGCUGGUGACUCGGUUGGUGGAUAUUGGUGACGAUGUUGCACAGGCAGCUCUUCAAAUCGCCCGCGUCAUGUGCAAUAACAGUCCAGACGCGCUCAUUGUUGGCCGAGAGGGUAUCCGGUUGAGUUGGGAGACCGGUAGCGUGGAGGAUGCGGUGUCGAUGCUGGCGGAACACUCGUACCCGCGCCUGGUGGAGGGAGCUAAUUUUGCCGAAGGUAUUCGAGCGUUUGUAGAGAAACGGUCGCCACAAUGGAUCAACUCUAAGUUGUGAGACCGAAGAGGGGGCUUUCACGUACGGUCUGCGGAUUACUCCGCAAUCAGAUAGCCAUCCGGCGUUGUGUGCCUGUUCGGCAAGGGGCGUCCGGAUCAUCUG